GUCAGGAGUUUUCAAUCAUCUCUCAGUACUCGGACCGCCGAGAUAAAGUUCAAGAGGGGUAAGAGACCAACUCCGCGGAAACGCAAAUGACGUUGCCGCCUGAAGCAUCAUCCCGAAGAACUUUUCUUGAGUCUUUUUCCUCUGUCGUUUACGAACAACGACUAUGAAUGCGUUUUUCGCAUUUCUCCACCGGACAGGUGAUAUAAUGUGAAGGAGACAGGGAGGUUUAUGUCAAAAAGAGCAUCAGGACAUGGUGGCCGUGUUCUAAAAUACGAUGGUUGUUUAUCAUCUUACUUUGUGUUCUUGGUUGAUCUUAUCGUGGAUUGCUUCUAGGGGUAACUCUGAGAAGAGGAGCUAUAUGACAUAUGACAUGGCGACCAUAUGCAAGACACAUCCUAAUUUCAAAAUCCGGAUGCAUCACAGUGGAACAGGUUCCACAGGCAUUUUGAAAGCCACCGAUUUAUUAUCAGAAGAUGAAGAGAAGGAAUGUGUUGCAAAAAUCAAGCCUCCUAGAGGAUAUGGGGUGAUUUUCAAUCUCGAAGACGUCCGACUGAGGAAGGAUGCUAAUUAUGACUGCAGAGAUUACAUCAAG